GAGGGUUAUUAAGUAUUCCCCUGACUUAUGUACCCCGGAAGUUUGUGUACUGGCUGUUGACAAGGGUGAUGGCUGACGGUUCCAUAACUUUUGGAGAUGAGUGUGUGCUUCCUUUGAGUCCUGUGCAGGUUGAGUACGUACUUGGGAUUCCCAUGGGGUCGCGGGAAUUACCGUGUAGGAUUCCUGAGGAUAAGCAGGCAGAGUAUCGCAGAAUCUUGGAGAAGUUUGGAAAAAAGGAACACAUUUCAUUAGUAUCGGCUUUAGAGGCACUGAUUAGACAGGAUGAGGAAGGUAAUGUGUUGCCGUUGUCGGAUGACGAGAAUGCUUAUUUAGAGAUAGCCUUUCUCAUAACAGCUCUGGGCUGCAUAUUGUGUGCUACGGAAAACACAAGCUACCUUGGGGUGAAGCUUGUACCGUCGUUGUUGGUUUACGACGAGGCGGAUGAGUAUGACUGGUGCACUUAUGUUUUUAACUGGAUGGUUGUAUCAGCCAGGGGUUUCCAAAGGAAAUUUGCUCGUGAUGGAUAUGUAGCAGGUUGCGGGGGUUGUAUCCUUUUUUGUUGUCGCUGGAUGUAGCGUAUGGGGAGCCUCAUCCGUUGAUCCUCGGGACGGUCAAAAGCAAAGGGUGGAAAUCGUAGAUGUGCAACGGACUACGCGGGAGGUAGACGUAGAAAAUAUUACGCAGCAGGUGUUGAAUAGAAUUACUUCGAAGUUGGCUCUGAUAGACACAGAAAAUAUUACGCAGGAGGUGUUGAAUAUAAUUACUCCGAAGUUAGCUCUGAUAGACGCAAAAAAUAUUACGAGGCAGGUGUCGGAUACAAUUACUCCGAAGUUGGUGGCUCUGAUAGAUUUUAAAUUAGCUGACGUUAUGAAAUCAUUACAUAAGCUGAUGUCGCAGUGUGUUAACGUAGCUAAUGCCAAGAGAGUGUGUAGGGGGGGUGAUCGAGAAGGGUAGGCUAACGGAGAAGGAUGGUGUUGCGCAUGAAGAACAGGGUUUAGCCAGUUGUUUGGGGGGGGAAGACUCAACUGGAAGAAGGUGCAAACGUAGUUGGUAGGGAAGACCAUAACGCUGAAGCAGUUUCCGGUGACGAUGACCUGGACCGUGUGGUUCAAAAUAUAUCGGUUGAUACACUAUUGGCAGGGGCUGGGGGUGUGGCCAAGGUGGUUAAGGAUUAAUCCAAUGUGGUUAAGGCUGAUGAGGGUGUUCCCUCAGAGUUAAAUGGAUGUUGUUCUGAUCGUGAAGUGGAAGAUGGGACCGUGGAGCCUGAACCUGAAAUAGUGGUGGGCUUGCUUGGGACGAGGGGAACGACUGUCUUGGUUGAUGCUCGGUGCAGUUUGGAAAAGUCAUCUUCAUCUGAUGAGGAAGAUGAGUCUGCUGAGAAGAGGGUGGUGAAACCUACCGAGGCAGCCUUGUCAGCCAUGUUCACCAAUGUGUCAAACACCCGUCGCCAUACAGCGGUGGAGACACGUCUGCUGCAGUUUGUAAAUCGGUGGAAGGAACUGAAGGAUCCACUCAGCCCUAGGGGUAUGGUGAUGAUAAAGUGUGAUAACAUAAAAGCCAACCAGAGAGAUUGCUAUGAAGUGGUGCACAAUAAAUCACGGGUUUCCACUGAUUACGUUAAAAUGGCCAAUGUGCUAUACACAAUGGGCCACCAAAGACUUCUGGAACAGGAGCAAGCGUAUUUUGCUUGACCCAAGCUUUUCGAAUCGAUUGUUGUUGAACGAAGGAAACGAAGUACAUAUUUGUAACAAGUAUGCCAAAUUUCUCCUGAGCUUUAACCCGUCGGAUAUUCGAGCGGUGUUUGUCCCAGUCCUCGAAGUUCCUCAGGAUUCCCCUGACGAGUCGCACUGGUGGUGCUUAGCAUUACACAUGAGGGCUCAGCAGUUGUGGAUGAUAGAUUCCAUGUACCCUCACCCGUUCGCCACACAUGCCAAAGAGAUCGAUCUCAUGCUUAGUGGCAUCGACGUCCUUUUCCGACUCUGUGACCCAGCAUGGAAGGCUUGUCUGCUACAUUCUUGGAGCAAAUGCACUGUUGAGAUCUUAGAGCCAAAGGAUAACUCAUACUGCGGUGUUCUUAUGCUCGCGUGUAUUAAGUUCUUUGCCAGAAGAUUCACCGCGAGGUUCAGUGUGGGGACGAUUCCUACUGCUCGGGCAAAUAUGUUCUUGGACGACGUGCAAUGUGAGGUGAACGAAUUGAAAGACUGUGUGGGAGAUGUGAUUUCAGGUCCUAGGAAAACAUCGAGAAAACUUUGACGUGUUGGUGUUUGUCGACUGACAAACAACUGUAAUAUUGCCAUUUACAUUCCAUUCCUCCAAUGAUGAUCGUGUUAUGUACAUUAACGUGUAUUAAAAGACCCGGUGUAUGUGUCUUUAUAGGACUACGGUUUGUGCUGUUUGAACUUGAUCA